AUGUGCAAGUGUGGAAAGACAUGCUCCAGGGUGUCUGUCGGAGUGGGCUUGUUGCUUACCAUCGCGGGCAUUGCCUUGCUGCUAGUUGGUGCAAUGGGAUUGAGCAGCCUGAGCAUCAACGUGAGCGCGGGGAUCGAUGGCAUGAUGACCGGCACCCUUUCCGCCCCAGCCGACGUUCAGUGCCCAUAUUUGAUCUUCGUUGAGAAGGACGUUGAUUGCGCAGCUUUUCAAAGCUCAGCCACUUUUGUGAGCACCGUGGCCACCCUGGACACCAACAUUUGCGGCGACGGCGAGCUCCCCGAGGAUGGUGUCCACCGUGCGCCGUCGCGCGGUCAGCGCACCUUGAAUGAUCUUGACUGGACCAUUGGAGCUUCCGAGACAAAGCUCACCGACUUGAAGCUGGCCGCCCAGGUCAGCUUCACCGCAGAGGGCGACGCCUCCAUCACCAGCAGCGAGAGCAUGUGGUCCAUGCAGCUUUGCGAGGUCUUUGAAGAGGUCUUCGCCGUGGCGGGCCGCUCCAUCAUCAUGAUCGCUUGUGGCGCAGUGCUCCUCGUUGCUGGCCUCCUGACCUGCUUGAUCGGCCUCUGCUGCUGUUGCUGCUGCGGCGCCAAGGAGUGA